GGCCGGGCAUUCCGUCAUGCGAGACGGUGUGGUGCGGGCGCCGCGCGGCGGAGGGUGCUUGUGUCUGGCGCUGCUGCUGCUGACGGCGGGCGGCGCGCGCGCGCUGCGCUGUGAGCGCAUCAACAUCCCCGCGUGCCAGGGGCUCGGCUACAACCUCACCACCAUGCCCAACGUGCUGGGCCACGAGGACCAGAUACAGGCCGAGAGAGCGCUGCAGGCGCUGCUGCCGAUGGUGCACUACAACUGCUCGCGGCACGCGCGGCUGUUCGUGUGCUCGGUGUUCGCGCCGCUGUGCACGCCGCAGGUGGCGGGCGCCGGCGUGGCGGCGUGCCGCUCGCUGUGCGCCGCCGUGCAGCGCGACUGCGGGCCCGUGCUCGCCUCCUUCAGCCUGCCCUGGCCCGCCGCGCUCGCCUGCGACGGCUUCCCCGAGGCGGGCCUCUGCAUGCACGAGCCGCCGCCCGCCAACAACACGGCGCUGCCCGCGCCGCUGGAGCCCGCAGAGGCGGAGCGCGCGCUGCUGGCGGCCGACGCCGCCGACGCCACCCCCUCCACGCAGCCGCCGCCCCCGCCGCCGCCGCAGGUGUGGCUGCCCGCGGCGCACGCCUGCCCGCCCAACUUCGUGCGCGCUCGCGACUCGCUGGGUGCGGUGACGUGCGCGCCUCGCUGCGGCCGCGACGCCUACUACCGCGCAGAGGACAAGCGCUUCGCCGAGACGUGGAUGACCGGCUGGGCUUGGCUCUGCUUCCUGUCCACGCUCUUCACGCUCCUCACCUUCUGGGUGGAGCCCGCGCGCUUCCGCUACCCCGAGAGGCCCGUCAUCUUCCUCGCGCUGUGCUACAACCUGCUGGCGCUGGGGUACAUCGUGCGCGGUGCGCUGGGCGCGGCCGCCUUCAGCUGCGUGCAGCCUCCGGAGGCGGCGCUGGGGGCGGCGGCGGCGGGCGCGGGGGCAGGCCACGUGGCGACGGACGGGCUGGAGUCUGGCGCGUGCACGCUGUCCUUCCUGGCGCUCUACUACUUCUCGCUGGCGUCUUCGGCGUGGUGGCUGGUGCUGGCCGCCUGCUGGUUCCUGUCCGCCGCCAAGAAGUGGUCGUGCGAGAGCCUGCACGCGCUCGCCACCUACUUCCACCUGGCCGCCUGGGCGCUGCCCGCCGUGCUCGCUGUCGCCGCCCUCCUGCUGCGGCACGUCGCCGCCGACGAGCUCACCGGCCUCUGCCAGGUGUCGGAGUCGGCCGCCGUGGCGCUGGUGGUGGUGCCGCAGGGCGCGCUGCUGCUGGCCGGCGUCGUGUUGGCAGCCCUGGCGGGGGCCGCCCUGCUGCGCGUGCGCGCCGCCGUCAAGGUGGCUGGCCGCGGCGCGGGCGCCGGCAAGCUGGAGCGGCUGAUGACGCGGCUGGGCGUGUUCUGCGCGCUGUACGCGCUGCCCGCGGCCGGCGCGCUCGCCUGCCUGCUCUACGAGUCGUGGCACCGGCCGCGCUGGCGCGCGCUCGCGCUGCUGCACGCGCUCGACUGCCGCAUGGCCGCCGCCACCGCCGCCGCCCCCGCCGGCUGCCAGCCGCAGCCGCUGCCCGCCGCCGCCGCCGUCGAGGUGGCGCUGCUGCGCCUCUUCCUGUCGCUCGUCGUCGGCGUCACCUCGGGCAUGUGGGUGUGGUCGGGCAAGACGUGCCGCGCCUGGUCCAAGCUGUUCACGGCGCCACGCAAGGCCCACCAGCACCACGCGUUGCCGCUCGCCAGGACGCCCGCCUCCGGCUCGCUGCACGUCUCCAGGGUCUGACCGCCUCCGCACUGCGAGUUUCUCCGGAGCGCGGGAUGUACCGCCGGUCGGCCCUCCGUGUGCACCUACCGACUACCGUGCUACACUGCGCGACGUUAUGUCGGCCAGUGGUGUGUUCGAAGUAAAGUAUUGAGAUAACCGCAGUACAUUUCAGUUCUUGGAGUAUAAAAGCCGGCUCUGGAUGUAGUACACACUGGUGGGGUGAGAAUUAGCACGACCCUUCGAAUGCGUCGAGGGCUCUCUCCCGGUCUACAGCAUCGUCACCUCUAGUGCUGUACGAGACACUGACCUCUCUUGCACAGUGCACAGCUCCUGGUCACAGAGCUAUCCACUCCAGACUGUUACCAGUUUACAUUUUCACCAUAUACAGUGUGCCUACAGCAGUUCCUCUCAGUGGGUAUCCCCUGAAUUCCUUUGGAAACACUAUUCAGCUCUGAUAACUUAUAUGCCAUGAUUGGUCCCACUACAGAGCCCAAAUUUUCUCACAGUAUUGUGUGGACACUAUAUUAUGGCAAUUUUAGGUGGGGAGUGUUUUGAAUUACGGUUGUGUAAGGUACCAAUAGAGUUCACUCCUGAACAACCACUGCCAACUGCAGCAAACAUUUGCACUAUAGCCACUACCGAACACUUUGUAUACUUGAAUUUGCUUUGCGUCGUGGCUUUUUUUUUUUCUAAUUUUGAAAUGAGUCAAGAGACUAAUCCUGCUGCACAAAGGGAUUCAAAUUCAACUCUCAUUACAACAGAAGGAAUUAGUGCUCCCUAUGACCGUUAUUACAAUUUUGCUUUCGUGGAAGCACAGAAAGCAGACAUAAGAUGGGCAAUCCUUUGACAAGGAGGUACGCUUAUUGCUUCGCACCACUCGUCUCCUCUUUGGAAAUCUUAAGCUCUCGUUUGUUUGUGUUUGCAGCCAACUGCCAUGAUAUACUGUCCAUAUAAUACAUCCAUAUAUUAAAAAAUAAUACUUGAAUCCUCUGAUUUCAUUACCAGCAAUACAACUGCUUACAUAUUCAUUUUCUUCCAAGCUGAAUAACUGAGUUCAUUUCAUGUAAAGUUAUUACACAUUCCUCGUGUUACUAAAGUGGAGUCAGUUCCUCAGUUUCUUCUUGACUCUGGGAAUAUUUCCUUUGUGUGAUACCCUACAUAUUUACAUACAGUGUAAGUUGAAGUAAUGGUGCAAUGCUUUUUCUAUUAAUUUGGCUGACCUGUGAGGUUGCUAGUAAGUUGCAGAUCAACAUGAUGGAACUUCUAAAUUAAUAUUGUAUGCAAAGGGCUGGUUAAAAAAUAUCCACAGCAUGUGUUUAAUUUUACUGUGGGGUGCCUUACUUUUCCACCCGAGCAUAAAAAUUUCACAGGUCUUCUGUCGUUUCCAUGAAUUGUUGCAAGUAAUACUACUUUCUAACAAGGUCAGGCUGUUGAAUCUACUAUUCAGUUCUGUGUUACAGUUUGUUUGUAGAAAAUAAUGAUGCAUUUUUGCAUUCCACAUAAUUAAAUAUAUAUUGCUCUGUCAUUUUUGUUUCAUUAACAAGUACUUCAUCAACAGUUUCCUAAGGUCAGAAUUAUUUGCUGUAAAUGAUAUCACAAUAAAGCCUUCCACUAUUCUAUGUUGGUGUAACUGUGUAGACUGUACACCUCAAAGAUGUCUGGUUCAGGAGUUGUUGCACUCUGAAGACAUGAAUCAAGUACCUGCAUAUAUUUCACAGGAUUUUUUUUGCAUUUAUUUUCAUUAUGUCUGUGAUGAGUCAUUGAUAUUUCUGUAGUAUGAGUAAAAAAUGAAGAAAAGUAUUUUGGAAAUGUUUAGAAUUUGAUCAUUACCAGGAAUGUGAACUGUGUAGAAGAUUGGAAUUAUGUGGUAUAUAUUUUAGAGACAUGGCCUACUUGUAUAUAUAGUAUGUAAAAAUAUAGUGUGAAGAAUGUACAAAAAACAAUAUCUUUUAAAACUUGUACAUAUUUUCCAAAAAUACUCUAGUUAUGUUUUUGUCACCAGCAAUACUACUGCCUAUGUUUUUUCAUACAUUUGUUGUUAUUAAUAUUGUAAUAUUAAUGAUACAGUAUUUUUAGACCAACAUUUUAACACAAAUUUACAAUGAAUGUAUUUUUAAUAUUUGUAUACUUACAAAGAAAUUGCUGAAGUCACUGCUUGCUCUCACCAACAACAACUGAGUGAAGUGAUGCAGUGAUUAAGACAGUUUGAAUGCCUAUCUGCCCACCCAGAUUUAGGUUUUUAAUGGUUUCCAUAAAUCAGGUAAGGUUGUUUGCUUUGGAAAGAACACAGCUGAUUUCCUUCCCCAAUCCUACUAUGUUGAUACACUCCGUCUUCAGGCCAUGAGUGGCCUACCAGGACCAUCUGACUGCUGUGUCAUCCUCCAUGGAGGAUGCGGAUAGGAGGGGCGUGGGGUCAGCACACCGCUCUCCCGUCUGUUAUGACGGUAUUCCUGACCGAAGCCGCUACUAUUCGGUUGAGUAGCUCCUCAAUUGGCAUCAUGAGGCUGGGUGCACCCUGAAAAAUGCCAACAGCGCAUGGCAGCCUGGAUGGUCACCCAACCAUUGCAGCAAGGCCAUUGCCAAUCCUACCACGUGCUCCACCUCUAAUCACCUAGUAUCAGUGGGACAUCACACUCUAAUCUUGCUUCCCUUUUUAAUAAUAAGAAUAACAGAAAUUCUGUUUGUCAUUACGUUACCUUUCGAAAGGGCUGCAGACUUUCCAUAUAAUGAUGGAGGAACACUGAGCAGUCUUUAUCUUUUUUGUAAAACACAAAAUAGAAAAGAAAUUUCACAGAGGGCACCCUCCAGCACCUGUUAUAUCUCAUGGACCAGCAUGGUUGGAACUGACAAUUUCUGACUGUAGUCACCAUCUUGGCAUAAAUAAAUUCUGUUAGUGUUGGGAUGCAGACUGCCAUGAACCUUACAUCCCUGCUACUCUUCCAGACUCGCAUCACAUUUGGAGUAAUAACAGAAUGUUGUCACAAUGGUCUUUAGCAUAAUGGUCUUCACCACAUUAUGAUACAUGUUUCUCCAACACACUAGGCCAGGCACUUGAAAUUAGAAGUGAGCCUCUGCUGUGACUGCUGGUGGACACAUGGCAUGAGGUGUAUUGUUCUGCUUGGCAUGUGUUAAAGUCCAAUACUGACAAGAUUCCUCAAUGUUGAAUGAAGGGUGAGAGGUUCAAUACUGCAUAAGGAAUGGUUGUCCAUUUUAGUGGGCACAUUUUUUCGGGCUCCCUUACCCUAGAUCAGUUCUUAAAGUUGAAUACAACUUGGAUCCAUUCUGGCAUACCUUGCAUAGUGCUAAAUAACAAGCAAAUUUCUAAGUCAUACUAUGAAACCAUUCGGUUGGUGAAAAUGUGCCUUAUUUCAAACACGACUAGAACCCUGGAGGAAAAUUGAUGCUAGAGUCAGUGACUAAUAAGCAGAUAGAAGUUUAGAUUCAGUAAGUACCUGUGUAAGAUAUUUGGCUCAAUUGAACUACAUGAACAGGGUACCUACUGUUUAUGCAAAGACCAACCAAGUGGUUAUUAUACAAUCAUGCUUCUAUACUGCCAAGUUUGUGUCAAAUAUGUAACAGAGUGCACUUGUGACUUAACAUGUCAUCUAAUACUAUGAUAACGGGGAUAACGACCACAUGCAGAUCUUUAAUUAUGAAUAAAUUGCAUUAACCAAAAAAGAUACCAGUUUAUACCUUGGGAGUCAGAUCUUCUCUUUCAAUUAAAAAAGUUCCUGUGUUAGCAAGUGCUACGUUCUACUAUUAGGUAAGUACAGGGAUAAGGAACAGCAGAUCGAUGUGUUGUUUGCUAGUCUUUCAGAGCCUACAAAA